AUGGCGGAAAUCACUCUGGAUAGGACUCUGGUGCUUUUGUCAUCCGAGAAGCAAAGGGAGCGUUCAGAAGGUCUAGCUGUAUCGCUCUUUGUAUUGAUAGUUGUCUUUGUUAUUGAUCCGUGCAUAUCAUCUAGGAGUUCCCUGAAUGACAAAGCCUGUCAUAAGAUCUUUGAGUCACUGUUCCGAUUCAUCUCGUCAGAGAAAUCCUUGUAUAAUCGAGGAAACUCCAAGGGCCCAUCUGCUUCUCGCUUAUCAACAUGUGCAUCUGUUCUGCGAUUAGCUGUUGAUGCCCUUUUGCAUAACUUGCGAGCCAAGUCUGUUCGUGCGGUUGUUGAUCAUAUAACCGAAACUUUGCAGGACACAGGAGGGAGUCUGUUUGAACUUCUCGGUGUGGAUUAUACAAAAUGCUUGACUGCAUUGCUAAAUUAUCCUCCACAUGUCGAACAUCUGGGAGCCAGUGAAUGGGAGAAACUUAUGGGUUUUUGCCUAAAGAUCAUGAAUACCCAAGAUUAUGAAGAUGACCGUUCGCAUACAGGGAGCGAUUCUCGGUCCACCCUGGAUGACUUCCUGGGAACUGGAGGUACCCCCACACCGUCCAGAUCGAUGCCAACACUAACUGCCAGAGAGAAACCCAAACGCGAUAAGGGUGCAAUCAGUGAAGCCGUAGUCUGUAUUCAGCUUCUAACGGCAAGCGUUAAUGCUCCGGUUCAAGAGCCCGCCGCAAAGAUACUUCACGGGCUAGUGGGUUAUGUCAAGUCGUCGCAUAUUACGGGAAGUGGACAUCAAAGCGCAUUCAAUAGCAUUAAUUCGGUCAUUAUGAGGGUAUUGUCUGACCAGUCGGAGCUUGUUCAAAGCAUACUGCUGGACUUAAUACCCGUAAUUUGUCACCUGUGGGCUACCAAACUCGUAGGGUUGAAAGAUGAACUGCUUGUCACCAUCAUGCUCUGCAUUGUUCUCUUGACCGCAGCGACUCGACAGGAGCCAUCGGAACUGCUAAGCCGCUAUACCGAAGACCUCUUGGGUGCUCUGUACAAAGAGUAUAUCAAGCGCCCAGAAAAGGAUAUCCUACAGGUUGAUGAGUUGGUUUUCCAUCAGAAAACUUCGGCGGCGGUGGAUAAGAUCCUGAUAUGGCCUCGCCUUGAAUCUGGCAAAUCAGAGCACAAUUGGACUGUGAUCUGGGCUAUAGCUAACCUUGUAGAUCUGUCAGAAGAGAUAACUGCGCGAUCGUCGUCGCCGCGUACGUCAACUGAGACGUUGAACAAAAGGCAACGUCUCACAUCGAUGGUGGAUGAAAUUCACCGUGAUUGCGCUUCAUCUUCAGGUGCCAGAAGAGUCUGCGCUCUGCAAUUAAUUCCGCUUAUCCCCAGGCACCAUGCUAGCGUUGACUCGAAGUCAUCGCUGCUUUUGCGGUUAUUACCAAACAUACUCGACGAAAAUGGCAUAUUAGCAUCCUGGACAAUGAUAACUAUUGCAAGCCUUGCUGGGAGUCCUAACGCAGACUCGCCCUCACUAAGGGCAAUUUGGCAACAGGCCUGGGAGCUCACAUGUCGUGCCUCAACCUCCCAAGCUACUUCUAGGGCAUCUUGUAUUCUCAUGAAUAGCAUUCUUGAGUAUAACCUUCUGGAAUAUUCCAUAGUCGCGGAGGCCACGAGCUCGAUGCUUACGUCUGUCAAUCUAAACGGCCCAUCUACCAUGUCAGAUGCAUCGUUGACUUUAUGGGCCACAACAACUCGAAUGACUGCGCGGGUAAAUCCAGGAUCCCUUCCAAAUGCCUCAAAACAGAUUUGUGCCUGGCUUCGAGAGGUUUGGGUUAUUGGAACGGUAACUGAUCGAACACAGCUAGCUCAACUUGCUGCAUUCGCCCGGCCCUUGGACCUUUUAAACCUGCUUUUAGCCUGCACUAAUAGGCACUAUAUCCCACCCAAACCUCAGUUCAGGGGGGCAACGAGUCUCAUUGCCAAAGGCUGGCACUUCCUUCACAGGAGCAAACAACUGCUGAAUUACCUAUUUCAGCUCGGAGGAAUAUUGGAUUUUGAUAUGUGGGAUACUGACGAUACUAUCCAUUUAGAGACAUUUCCACGACAAGAUCCAAAUGACAACAUGGUUCUGGAUCUCCUACAGGUAAAAUCUGAAAUGUUCUUGCAAGCCUUCCAGUCAUUAUAUGAAGAUAAAUCACACCAUGUAACGGUGGAAAUCGUGCAAAUUGUUACCUCUUUCUGUAUCCUCGUUGCUCUAUACACGGAAUGUCUGCCGCACCUAUCUGCAUCAAAAUUUCAUAACUUACAGCAGAAUUGCGAGCGUCUCUGGGAAAUCAUAUGCACCUUUUUGGCCUCUCACGAACUUGAAUUCAUUCAAGGUUGUCUGGUGGUAUUGUCGCCUUUUCUUAAUCCUGAACAGUUCUCGUACAAUCCUGAGUCAACCAUCUCAAAGGCUUUGCUCAGGCUUGUCAUUCCAUUAGUGAGCCUUUUAGAAGCCUAUCGAAGAAGCCAGAGAGAUAAUCUGGCCCUCCAUAACGACGAGCCUAUGGAUUUGGACGAUACUCUAUUCAAUUCAAAAGAUAGGCUGGCGGAAGUCACCUCGAUCGUCAAGUCCAAUAGAGAAGCGCUACCCUUAUUUCAGGAGUUUUCCUCCUUCCAGCGGUGUAUUACCAUUCAGCUCUCUGUCUUACAGAAAACCAACGCAUUCUUACGCAACCAUGAUCAACAUUCCAGCAGGGCUCUGGUUGAGUACUUAAUCGAUUUAGACGAAGUUGAUAUCUUAGCCGCGAGCAACUCUUUACCUUAUGUCUACCGCGCUAUUUCUGGAAUGGACCGGACUUCGUUGCUCGAUAUCCUUGAAGACCUAGCUGAAAAGUGCCUACAGACUUAUGAAUUGGAGCGCUGUGAAGCCUCUCACCUUCUUUGUAUUCAUAUGAUGCAUAGCUUUGUCAAAGCAUGGGUCAGCUCGGAAGCCGAUAGUCUCAGUGGCUCGGCAUCGGAUAUCUAUACAUGGUUCAGAGACGUAUUAUUGGCAAAAGACAUGGCAUCGCCUUCAGUUCUCGUUGUGUUCAGUGAACUCCUCGUGGAUGUCAUCAAUACCAACGCCUCAUACUCUAGCGGUGAAUCCAACACAUCCCCCAGAACAAGCCUUCUGAAGAUUUUAGAGAAGGGCAGCAUCCCAGUUAAAUUUGACGUUGGGAAUCUGAUUCCUCGGCUGUUUGGCCAUUAUUCAUUAAACGAUCAUGAUGCCAUAUUCAACGACGUGCUUAGACACCUCCCCAAAGAGUCUGAUUGGGUAGAAGGCAUCGCCCUCCGUUUGUUCAUAUUAGGUCAAUUAGCCUCACGAUGGCAUACCUUACUCCGCAGAAGCAUUUACCAUAUGUUCGAAACCCCGGCACAUGUACCUCACUCACUUCAGUAUGCUGAGAAGUGCAUAUGUGAUGUCGCCAAUAAGCUUGGACUAAAAGAUGCAAAAGAGCUCUUUCGGCUAUUUUCUUCUCAGAUCCUCUAUACCUGGACUGAGCAGGAAUCAAUUACAGCCAUGCCUUUCAGUAUCUUUAGUUAUGCGAGCAUCAAAGACAUGUUAGGCGAUGUGCAAGACGAACUUGUUGGUCAAAUUAUCAUGCGUGCGCGGGAGGACGAGGAGAUAGAGAUGUCGAAGUACAUGGGAAAGCCUUUCGUUGACCUUUUAGCCACAUCUUUCUACAAAGCGGAGGCCUAUAGCAUCGCUCGAGAUAUCAGCACCCCCCCUGGGCAAGGUAGCCAGCCUAAAGGUGUUGAAACCCGGCUGAAAAAGAUACUGGGGACUGAACAAUUCAUGGAAUUGAUUGAUCAGCAAUUCCCACAGACAAUAGCAGCUUUCUUUGGGUCGCUUGAUCAAUAUGAACAGGUUGAAAGAGCCCUCUCCAAACGUGCGAAAUUCCACGAUGCCCUCGAUGGUCUAAGGUGCAUCCUCGGUAAGAGUGCUUCAAAAAUCGUUCUCCCUGCGAAUCAGCAACCCUCCUUCAGGGCCCGCUAUCUCAUUGAUGAGUUAGAGUUCCUCUGUAAGCGCAGCGGAUAUGAACUCGAGACAAUUUGGACGCCGACGCUAGCUUCUUAUGUUUGCCGAACUCUCUUGGAAUCAAUUCACCCCGCGCUUGGUUCCUUCCACGCCUGUUCUGUAAUCCGGAAGAUUAGGGUACUACUUUGCGUGGCCGGAUCUGUUAUGCUCAGAGACUAUCCAUUUGAGAUGACACUACACGCCAUGCUACCAUUCCUAGUUGAUAUAUAUUGCUCAGAAGAUGCAUUAGGAAUCUUCUGGUAUCUCUUAGAAGCUGGUCAGCCUUAUCUAGCAGAGACUCCCGGACUCAUGGCUGGGGUUGCGGUCUCCACAUUGCUGUCCUUGAAAAAGUUUUUGGCGUCCCCCCCGGUGGAUACAGCCCAACAAGGUCAAUCAAAAAUAGUAACAGCGAAUAUUGAAAGGUUUCUUCAGUGGUUUGGGGAGUACAUAAAUACUUACGAGUCCUCCUUGGACGCAGAAACACAGGAAUCAUUUCGUCGGGUGGUAAAGUCUUCACAAGCUACCUCCACUGUUGAGUCGCAUUCUGAUGACUCUAACGAGCGUGAUGUGAUCCUGGAAAUCCUUGAUGAUCGGAGCUCUGAAAGAAGCCUUUUGAGCAAGACUGUCUCCGAUCAUGUCAUAGCACUGCUCUGUGCGGACUCCGAGGAGCCGCUUGGAAACUAUCACAAAUUGAAUGAGUCUGACAGGGACGCAACUGCUAACAUCGUGGCCAUCUACCAAACUCUACAGAGUUUCAACACCGGAUCUGGAUACAGAUUGUGGGCUGCGAAAGUUAUUGGACGUGCUUUUGCUACUACGGGCAAAGUCUGCGACGCCCUUCUCAGGGAGCAAGAUCUGUCUCUUUUCAAAUCUCAACUAUCCGACUUGCGCUUAGAGGUCCACUGUUAUUCUAAAGCCAGCAUACUUCAAGAAUUAUGCAACAUGCUACAAAAUAACAGCCAUCUGGAGGUGGGACUCGUUGAACGAACAUUGCAACUCAUCAUAAGUAAUCUUGCCAGGUAUCCGGAUUUUGAACAAUGCGCCGGUGUCGUACCUCUAUACUUGAUGAAAGCUUUCACUUGGGACCCCUAUCAGUGCCCGCCCAUACCGACACUUGCUCCAGAGACAGAAAGAGACGACGCCAAAGUAAAUUGGCAGACAAGCAAUUCUUUAUCUCAAUGGGCUCGCGGUAUUGCGUUGUUCUUGUCAAAAUCUGCAGCCGAAGAUCCUGUGAUUGGGUCAUUAAGCCACAUUAUCUAUGUUAUCCCUGAAUUAGCUGUCCGAAUCCUACCAUACAUGCUUCAUGAUGUUCUGCUUGCAGAACUUAAAGGAGAAGCAAAUAUCCGACAGAAGGUUUCCCAAAUUUUCAAACAAGCUUUGUGUGAUGUUCAUGACACUACUAUCUCACAUGCACGACUUGCAAUCGACUGCAUUCUAUAUCUUCGAAAUCAGCCGAAACCGAAUGAGGCGACAAUAGUAGAACGUGAUGAGUGGCUGGAGAUAGACUUCGCAGAAGCAUCGUUGGCUGCCAGUAGGUGCCGUUUGCCAAAGACAGCACUCAUCUUCCUUGAGAUACAUGCGUCUCGUGUAAUCUUUGGCUCUCGCCGUUCCUCGCUGGCUAAAUACGAAGCUCCCCCGGACAUGUUGCAUGACAUAUUCAAGGACAUAGAUGACCCUGAUUUCUUCUACGGCAUUCAACAAAGCCCCUCCCUGGACUCAGUUAUGGAAAGGCUCCAACAUGAAAGCUCGGGUUUUAAGAAUCUACUCUUCCAAAGUGCACAGUAUGAUAGUGAGAUACAGAUGUCAGCGGAUCAAAACGCCUAUGGCGUCCUUAAGGCACUCAACUCGACAAAUCUACAGGGAAUUGCUAAUUCCAUAUUCUCAGCAUCUGGUGGGGGCUUUGUGGACACAUCAAGUUCAUUUGACAGCAUGCUGCAAGCCGCAACAAAUUUACGACAAUGGGAUAUACCCGUCUCGCCCUUGAAUCCUUCACCCCCUGCGACCGUCUUCCGGGCUUUCCAAAGCCUCAACACAUCAGGGAGCCUGGCUGAGGCCUCUAAGUCUAUCAACGAGUGUCUCUUGACAACUUUGGAGUCGCUUACGAGCGCCAGUCGAUCUGCCAUGUCUUUGCGAACUGCGAUGAGGGUUCUGGGAGUUAUCACUGAAGUCAGUGAUGUUUUGGACGCGAGAUCAACGGAAGAAAUCGAUCAUGAAUGGCAGAAAAUCGCUGCCAGGGAUUCUUGGCUGAAGACCACCAGUGUUCAUGAGAUCGGGGAGAUACUAAACUCACACGAAGCCCUCUUUUCAUCAAUCAACCGAAAGUCGUAUUUAAGAUCUUCGACCAAUAUAAGCGAUCAUGACGCACAGCUUCUGGAGGUCAAAGCCAUCCGGCAAUCACUUCAUAUCACAAGAACCCAGGGCAUCCAACAAGCCUCGCUGAAAUCGGCCGUUUACCUCUCUAAGCUCGCCCACCAAUGCUCUGCACUAGGGAUCAACAUCGAAGGGGCCGCCAAGUUCGAUCUGGCUAAUGUUCUGUGGGACCAAGGUGAAAUGACUGCAUCAAUUCGGAUGCUUCAUCAACUCAAGGAUCAAAAUGACCUACAUAAACAGGCGGUACCAAUCAGCCGUGCCGAACUUCUUGUGACUUUGGUAAGCUCUCUCCACAUUGAUUCCCUGCGUACGAAACCCUGCUCGUUCCGGACUAAUUCAACUUCUUGCAAGGGCCACCAUGUCGCUGAGGCACGUCUCGAGAAACCAGAGACCAUCAUCCAAGAUUACUUAUUAACCGCAGUCAAGGAGCUUAAAGGUCGCUCCGGGGGUGAAGAAGCCGGGAGAGUUUAUCAUGGGUUUGCCACAUUUUGCGACCAACAAUUACAGAACCCUGAUGGUUUGGAAGAUUUCACGCGAGUUGAGCAAUUGCGUAACCGUAAGGAAAAGGAAGUGCGAGCAUUGGAGGAUAUGAUGAAGGCUGCGGAGGGAAGGGAGAGGGAGGCUCUCAAAUUUCAUCGAGGAAGGACAAAACAGUGGUUUGAUCUUGAUGACCGCGAAUAUCAACGCCUACGACGAAGUCGGGAAGCCUUCCUACAGCAAUGUCUCGAAAACUAUCUCCUUUGUCUGAGAGAGAGCGAAACUUACAAUAAUGAUGUACUCCGUUUCUGUGCGUUGUGGCUUGACAAGUCCGACAGUGAUAUCGCAAAUGCAGCCGUUUCCAAGCAUCUCGGUCAAGUUCCAAGCCGAAAGUUUGCCCCCUUGAUGAAUCAAUUAACCUCGCGCCUGUUAGAUGUGCCUGAUGAGUUCCAAAAAAUGCUCUUCUCUCUGAUUACUCGCAUUUGCGUUGAACACCCAUUCCAUGGUAUGUAUCAAAUAUUUGCGAGCAGCAAGUCCAAGGGAGGAAAGGAUGAAACGGCGUUGUCACGCAAUCGAGCAGCCGGACGAUUAGUUGAAGGCCUAAAGAACGACAAGCGUAUCGGGCCGACAUGGGUCGCUGUUCACAACACCAAUAUCAAUUAUGUACGAUUUGCCAUUGACAGGCCAGAUGAGAAAUUGAAGAGCGGCGCAAGGGUUCCGCUGCGGAAACUCCAAACGGGUGGACGUCUCGAACAAGAUGCCGCAACACAGAAACUACCACCACCCACAAUGAACAUCGAAAUCAGGGUUGAUUGCGAUUAUCGUGAUGUACCGAAGCUUGUUAAGUAUCACCCCGAAUUCACUAUCGCGUCCGGCGUCAGUGCACCAAAGAUCGUCUCCGCUUUUGCAAGUAAUGGUUUACGAUACAAGCAGCUGUUCAAAGGAGGAAAUGAUGAUUUGCGGCAGGACGCUAUCAUGGAACAAGUGUUUGAACAGGUUAGCAAUCUUCUUAAGGACCAUCAGGCUACUCGACAGCGAAACCUAGGGAUUCGCACAUAUAAGGUUUUGCCUCUUACGUCGAAUGCGGGAAUAAUCGAAUUCGUGCCACACACUAUCCCCUUGCAUGAUUAUCUGAUGCCUGCGCAUCAAAAAUACUAUCCGAAAGAUAUGAAACCAAACGUUUGCCGCAAGCACAUCAGCGAUGUUCAGACAAGAUCAUUUGAGCAACGCGUUAGGACAUACCGACAGGUUACUGAACACUUCCACCCUGUCAUGAAAUACUUCUUCAUGGAAAAGUUCAAUAACCCAGACGACUGGUUUAGUAAGAGGCUUUCAUAUACUCGAAGCACAGCUGCAAUCUCAAUAUUAGGCCAUGUUCUCGGCCUCGGCGAUCGCCAUGGCCAUAAUAUCUUGCUGGACGAGAGGACGGGCGAAGUGGUGCAUAUCGACUUGGGCGUUGCAUUCGAACAAGGCCGAGUGCUACCGGUUCCCGAAGUCGUUCCAUUCCGUUUGACACGAGACCUUGUCGAUGGGAUGGGAGUUACCAAGACCGAGGGUGUCUUCCGCCGCUGUUGCGAGUUCACGCUUGAAACCUUACGGCGAGAGUCCUAUAGUAUCAUGACCAUCCUUGAUGUGCUUCGUUACGAUCCGCUGUACAGCUGGACCGUGUCCCCUUUGAGGAUGAAGAAGAUGCAGGAUGCCUCUGAAGCUGGGGGCGGACCACCCAUGCUACCCGGUGCUGCCGACCAACGGCCAAGCAAUGAGCCAAGUGAGGCAGAUCGUGCGUUGACGGUCGUGGCAAAGAAGUUGGGCAAAACAUUGAGUGUCACGGCGACUGUAAAUGAGCUGAUCCAGCAAGCAACCGAUGAAAAGAACCUCGCCGUUCUUUAUUGCGGUUGGGCUGCCUAUGCUUAA